GGUACUCUCUUGGAACUUGCUCAAAGGCACGCAUUCACACUCAGCCUUGAAACGUGCAACAGAGGUCCGUGAUCUGUUCCAGUCUCUCAAGAACACAAACAGCGCCUCCGUAGUUAUUUACCAAUCGUCAAACCAAGUUCUCUUCCGCGCCCCAACCUUUCUUCAAAGCUCAUCUACUCUGGCCUUCUCGUCCACGCCGCGAUCCCCAAGCAUUCUACCUCUAGCUACCAUGUGCAACGGCCACUCAAGUCGCGUCAGCCAGGGAGGCUCUAUCGCUGUUCUCCGACCGACACAGCACCUACGGCGAUCAACCACUGACCAGAUGAUGCUCUUCUUCCACAAUCAAUUCUCGGCGCCAGGCACAAGUGUUGAACUGCAGGGCUGGAACGAUAACGCAAAAGAAAGACACUGGGUCGUUAUACACCGAGAUGGCGAUCUCUCAGGUUCCGCGUCACCGAUUCAGACACCGCCAUUUUACUCGUUCUCGUUAGAAUCAGGUGAAACUGCGACACUGGAUCUACCACAAAGACUAGAUCUUGGUGUUGGCGAUGCAGGCAUCAUCGGGCGUCGGGUUUCAGUCAUGGCGGGAUCGACGAAGGGGCCUUUAAUAGUAGCAGAGGGCAUCAUUGGGUGGAAUUGAAACUUGAUGCAGUGAUCAUAGACUCAUAGCGUUGGUGUUCGGUGUUGGUUGUUUCCAAGAUUGAUCGUGGCUCCACCUCUAACGAUGAGCGUCCGUUCACGCUGCGCAGUCACAUUUGCGCCAUUUUUUAGUCAAUUAUCAUGGCAGCAUCUACCAUAUCUACUGUUGCAUGUUUCCUUUGAAACAUUUAUAGAGACUUACACAUUUUGUUUGACUCUGAAGUACAGCAAAAAUCUCUUUUUGUUUCAUUAGAUGUCAGCGCAACAUGAAAUCAAUCCUAAACACCUUGUCGCAAUUCUGCGCUCCCAGC